AUGCAAUCAUCCAAAUAGGUGGAUUUCGAUUUUUCAAGUUUGUAUGAGCUACUUCAAGACAUGAAGCGUAGUUUCUGGUCUAUCGACAGAGCUUAAGAGAGAUUUACCAAAUCUUUAUCAAGACAGCAUAAUAAUUAUUAUCAAAAAUUAAUACCAGAAAAAAGAAAACAGGCUGAAAAUGAAAAGGCAUUGGUACUUAAGAAUCCGAUGCUAAUUGGUUAGAUAAAAAAGAGGACUUUAGUAAAGAAAAUUGUUCUAGAGGAAGAUUUAGCAGAUGAAGUAGCUAGACGGGAAGCCUAAGAAAAUCUAAACGAGUCAUCUGGAAUUAAAAAUUAGUUGAGUAUCAUUGCAGAUAAGGCAUCAUAGUCAAUGAGCCCCAUAAAAGCAAUAGACAAAUCUCUUUCUGUGAGGUUCGAUGAAACGCUCAAAAGUAAAUUUCAGCCUUACUAAGAUAUGCCUUUGUAAUAAGAAGGGACAAUUAAAGCGGCUGACUCAUUUAUGGAGGCAAUUAGUUAAUUCACCUUGACUCAACAUAAUAUUCAAGCUAUUCAAAGUCCAGGGAAGAGGACUACAAAGUUUUCUAAUGCCGCAAAUAUGCUAAUGUUAGGAAACAAAAAUAGCAAACUAAAUGACAUUUCAAUUAUCUCAGAAAUUGAAAAUAUCUCUCCAAAAAAAUAAGUUAACAGUUCCUGGUUCUAGUCAGUAAUUGGUGAGCAAGAGACUGAUAAAGAUAGAGAGGAAGCUGAUAAGUAGUUUAUUGAAAAAUUUGGGAAAGUUAAGUAGCAAGUUGAUGAACUUUUCUCAGAAAAAAUUAAGAACAUCCAGUACUAUGAUUUUCAUAAGAUAAUUUAGAAUAAAAAGAUCAGAGAAAAGGUAUCUGAGAGAUUGUUUGAAUAACUUUUUGCUAAAAUACCAUUGAAUGAUAUAAUGGAAACUUUACUUGACUCUGAUAAGGAUUUAUUUAUGAAAUUCAGAGAUUAGAUCAUAACAUUUGAUCAACUUAGAGCUAGGAUUGCUGAAAGAAAAUUCAAGGUAUCAUAUUAAUGCUUGGAUGAUCUUAAAGAAAAACUAGAUCCUUAGUUCUAUACAAAUAUGGAAGAUUUUGAACCUUACUUUAAGAUGAUUUAUGGUUCUAAAUCAAAUUUAACUCAUAAGGACAUAUUAAGAGAUUUACUACCAUAUGAAAGUAAUAAGCGAUGUCUAAAAAGUAUUAAACACUAUGCAAAUAAGGGAAAGUAAAGAAGAAACUCUCAUUUCUUUACAAGCAUUUCUAGAGAUAAAGGGAGAAACAUGUUUAAAUUGUCAGAAAAUGCAUUAAGAGAUUCUUAGAUGCCAAAGAUCAAGGUUAAUAAGAUGGACAAAGAAAAUUUGGAUAAGAAUUUAGUAGAGAUUGAUUAAGAGAUAUCUAAAAGAUCUAAAACUGUUGGCCCUUAAGAAAAAAUUAAAAUGGAUCCAGAAGAAAUUAUAAAGCAAGUUUAACGAGAGAAUAUCAUAAAGUUGAAGCAGCAACUUAUAUAGCAAUUGUGGUAACAUAAAAUUCUUGAGCUUCAAAAUAUGCCAUAUAUUAGUUCUAGUGUUGCCUUUAAAGAUAAACAAGAAUAAUUCUUCUUUGGAUCAGAAGUUAUUAAGCCUAAAGUAGAUGAAGCGUAACAAAAAUUUCUGAUAUCAAAGAAGCAAAAUGGUACUUCAGAAAAAAAUAAGAAAAACUCAUUACAAUAAAAUGUUUACCUAAGUAACUAUGAGAUAAAGAAAGCAUAGGCAUUUGAGAAGAAGAAAAAUAUUUUGUUUCUUAAGAGACUUGAAAAUGAUGGAUAUCCUAUGAGAAUACAUUAAAAUGAAAAAGACCUAUUGAGAUUUUAUGGAGACAAGGAAGAGGAAUAAGCCUAGAAGGAUCUUGAAAGAGCAAUAGUUACUGAUCUGAUUGGGAAAUAGGGAGAGGCCUUAGAUUACAACGAUGGACAAUUUUAAAUGGUUUUAAAGAGUUUGAUUCAUACUGAUGAAGCUACUGAGGCCUACUAGAAAGAUAUAGAGAGACUUAAAGUAAAAGAAUUAACUUAUAGUUCUGCCAGAACAUGCGCAAUACCGAAAAUGGAUAAGAAAAAGAUGAUAAGACUUGUUGCGAAAGAGGGCGAAAAGAUUAAAAGCAAGAUGCUUAACAAUGCUUCAUCACAAAUUACUAGCAUUCCUGCCAUUACCUAUACUCACCAUGAUGAGCACUAAGAAAUUCCAGUGCAAGAGAUUAUUAUCCAAAAAGUAGAAAUCAACGAGUAAAAAGAAGUUAAACUUAAAGAACAUCCAAUGAAAAGUUAGGAAAAAUUCAAUAUCAUAAAUAAACCUCAUCCGAUGCCUCAAUUACUUCAUUACUUGAGUGAGAGCAACUCCAAUAUUGAGGUUUAGAAUGGUCUAGGCAGCAAAAAUUUGAAAAAUCAAAAUAUAGAGACAAAUAGAGGUGAAGGGCUAAACUUUAACACAGUAAAUUAAGACUAAAUAUAAGAAGAAGUUUAAUUUGAAAGGUCCAAGACUGCUGAAAACUUUGUAGGACUGAAGAAAUUUCAUACUUUAGACUAUAAUAUCAAUGAAAGCAUGAAAAGAUAAAGCAUAACUAGGCACCAAGGCAAAAGAAGGCCCUAAAAAUAGCUUUUAAAUGAAGUUAGUCAGAUUCAUACUACUAAUGAUGAUGAUGUGAGUACUUUACUUAGAGAUAAUUAGAAGACACUUGUGGUUUCAAAUGAUAAUGAUAUGCGCGAAUAUCUUGAUGGAAAGGAGGAUAUGACUUUCCAAACCAUACAGGAUAAAAAUAAAUCUUACUUUACUUUUGAUUAAAGCUAGCAACAAGCUAAAUAAUCAAGUAUCAACUAAAAAAACAACAAUAACAGAAGUAUGUUUAUAACAGAAGUUAGUGAUGAUUUCAAGUAAUUUGCAAACUAAUUUGGAAUACCACUACCGAACUCUAAGUCUAAUCUAUCUCAAUCUAGAAAUCUUUAAUCUAACACUUACUUUAAUGGCUCAACUAGAGCUGCAACAGCUAAUACUGCUAAUAGAGUAAGAAUAGGAAAUCAUAAUAAUCCAACUGACCUUAAACCAAAUUAAGAGAGGCUAAGAACAGCGCUUGCUCUCAAUAGAUAGCAAAGACUGAGUAGAAUAAAGAAUUCAGAAAAUAUCACAAUUGACGACCAAUCAUCUUUUAUGGGCGUUCAUGCACCUCUGAAGUCUUAGUUAAAUUAGUAAAAUGAGAGUAUAAACGAUUCUUUUAACUAAUCAAAAACUGAGUAGUCUGUUGAUUAUAAAACUUCUGCAAUUAUUCAUAGAAUCAAUAGAAUUAAGUAAAGUUAGGCUAAUGAUAUACUUAACAGAAAACAACUGAUCAUGAAAUAAAGGAAUAAUAUGAUAUCAAAGACCAAUAAUAAUGAAUCUAUGAAUGAACCAAUAGAGCCUGAGAGAUAGAGUAUAUUCGGAGGAGCUCGUAGAUCUCAUUAGAUAAAUUUAAAAGUUUAAAAAGAUACUAAUAGCAUAGAUAACUAAUCAAAUGGAAUGGGUACUAAUUAAGAUUCUAAAAUAGCAAGUGCAGUUAGAAAUGUAGAGUCAGUUAGUAAAUAAUCAUGA